AGACGAAGUCCAUGAAACCAUCGCUAUAUAUACAUCAUAUACUCCGAUUAUUAUCAUUGAAUUAAAAACAUACAAACUCAAAUCUUAAUUAAAACCCUAUUAUUUUCUGUCGAUUUAUUUUUAAAAAAUAAAACAUGUCUGGAAAAGGAGAAGGUCCGGCAAUCGGAAUCGAUCUUGGAACAACAUAUUCAUGUGUCGGCGUAUGGCAGCAUGAUCGGGUGGAGAUAAUCGCUAAUGAUCAGGGUAACAGAACGACGCCGUCUUAUGUCGCUUUUACUGAUACGGAACGUCUGAUUGGAGAUGCUGCCAAGAAUCAGGUCGCCAUGAACCCCAUUAACACUGUUUUCGAUGCUAAGCGUUUAAUAGGAAGGAGGAUCUCUGACCCAUCAGUGCAGAGUGACAUGAAGCACUGGCCAUUUAAAGUUGUUACAGGCCCUGCAGACAAACCCAUGAUUGCGGUCUCCUACAAGAAUGAGGAGAAACAAUUCUCCGCUGAAGAAAUCUCGUCCAUGGUCUUAAACAAGAUGAAGGAAAUUGCUGAGGCUUACCUUGGGACCACUGUCAAAAACGCGGUGGUCACCGUCCCUGCCUAUUUUAAUGACUCGCAGCGUCAAGCCACCAAGGACGCUGGUGUCAUCUCGGGUCUCAAUGUUAUGAGAAUCAUUAACGAGCCGACUGCAGCCGCUAUUGCUUAUGGGUUGGAUAAGAAGGCUUCUAGUGUUGGGGAGAAGAAUGUGUUGAUUUUUGACUUGGGUGGUGGCACUUUUGAUGUGUCUCUCCUCACCAUCGAGGAGGGUAUCUUUGAAGUAAAGUCCACUGCUGGAGAUACGCAUUUGGGUGGUGAGGAUUUUGAUAACCGGAUGGUUAAUCAUUUUGUUCAGGAGUUCAAGAGGAAAAACAAGAAGGAUAUCAGUGGGAAUCCAAGAGCUUUGAGGAGGUUGAGAACCGCUUGUGAAAGAGCAAAGAGGACUCUUUCCUCAACUGCUCAAACCACCAUUGAAAUUGAUUCUUUGUAUGAAGGUAUUGAUUUCUACUCAACAAUCACUCGUGCUAGAUUUGAAGAAUUGAACAUGGAUUUGUUUAGAAAGUGUAUGGAACCGGUUGAGAAGUGUUUGAGGGAUGCCAAGAUGGAUAAGAGCAAUGUUCAUGAUGUGGUUCUUGUUGGUGGCUCUACCCGCAUUCCCAAAGUACAACAACUGUUGCAAGAUUUCUUCAACGGCAAAGAGUUGUGCAAGAGCAUCAACCCUGAUGAAGCCGUGGCGUAUGGUGCGGCGGUCCAAGCUGCCAUUUUGAGUGGUGAGGGCAACGAAAAAGUACAAGAUUUGCUGUUGCUGGAUGUGACACCUCUGUCCCUGGGACUGGAGACCGCUGGUGGGGUGAUGACAGUUUUGAUACCAAGAAACACCACUAUUCCCACUAAGAAAGAGCAGGUGUUUUCAACUUACUCUGAUAAUCAGCCGGGGGUUUUGAUCCAGGUUUAUGAGGGUGAAAGAACACGAACCAAAGACAACAAUCUGUUAGGAAAGUUUGAGCUAUCUGGAAUCCCACCGGCUCCUCGAGGUGUUCCACAGAUUACCGUGUGUUUUGACCUUGAUGCCAAUGGGAUCUUGAACGUGUCGGCCGAGGACAAGACAACUGGACAGAAGAACAAGAUCACCAUUACAAAUGACAAAGGGCGUCUGUCAAAGGAGGACAUAGAAAAGAUGGUGCAGGAGGCAGAGAAAUACAAGGCAGAGGAUGAAGAGGUCAAGAAAAAGGUUGAAGCCAAGAACGCCUUGGAGAACUAUGCAUAUAACAUGCGUAAUACCAUCAAAGACGACAAGAUCAGCUCACAGCUUCCUGCAGAUGAUAAGAAGAAGGUGGAGGAUGCAGUGGAGGCGGCAAUUCAGUGGCUGGAUGGGAACCAGUUGGCAGAGGUUGAAGAAUUUGAGGACAAGAUGAAGGAGUUGGAAGGUGUUUGCAACCCGAUCAUUGCUAGAAUGUACCAAGGUGGUGCUGGUGGACCGGAUAUGGGCGGUAUGGAUGCUGACGGGCCUUCGACCAACGGAUCAAGUGCAGGUGCUGGGCCAAAGAUUGAAGAAGUGGAUUAAGAUUUUUAGAUAGGGGAUGUUGGAUGUGGAUUUUGUGUGGGGGAUUUUUAGAUUUGGAAUUUUAUUUUUUGCGUUGUAGAUGUUUCAUCCUAGUUUUUAGGGUGUUUUUUGUUAUGUGAAUUCUACUUUACCUAA